AUGUGUGGUCUUCACAACUUGCGGCAAUUUUAUCACUUCGCGUUUGUCACUGAGAAUGAUGAGGUUGUGAUGCACUAUAAACAGUGGAGCAGUGAGAAAUGGGAUGAAAAUAAGUACCAGCCGCUUAAAUUAUUGAAAGGUUCGCCGUCUGGUGUACCUUCCUUGAUUAAACCAGACUAUGAGGCAGUUGAGCUUAAAAAACUAGAAAGCAUGGUGGACAAAAGUUCAGAGAUCGGUGCGUUUCAAAAAGAGGAAGUUGAACAAUGGAAAGAAUUUCUUGCAGAAGAAAGGAAAAAAGCGGAAAUGUACGAGAACGCUGAACUUGUCGAUUUAGGUAAUUAUCCACUCGAAUUUACUUAUGUGUCUCAUAUAAAAUGUCAUUGUGUCACACAAAUAAAACAGAAGGAAGUCACUUUUUUCUUGUAUGUUAAACCUAUAAACUUAAAAAACACGAAAUACAAAUUGUUUAAUUUUAUCGUCAGGUAAACACUCAGUUGCCAACCAAAUAUACUUGCGCUCGGAAGGAGACAGGUGGCCAAUAGAUGACCUGUUGGAAAGGGAAAGACCUCAAGAACCGCUGUCAGUCGUGAGCUCCGUUUUGGAAAAUUUUUCCGCAAAAGAACGGGGAGAUGGUUUGGUUCAGGUAAGUUUGUUAACAGCUUGAGAUAGAAGACAACAUGGUAGGACUCUAAAACAAAAUUUAUGGGUGUUAAGUUUCUACACAGUCCUCGUCUAUAUAUAUAUAUAUAUUUAUAUAUAUAUAUAUAUAUAUAUAAUAUAUAUAUAUAUAUAUAUAUAUAUAUAUAUAUAUAUAUAUAUAUAUAUAUAUAUAUAUAUAUAUAUAUAUAUAUAUAUAUAUAUAUAUUCUUCACUAUAUACAGCUAAUUCAAUUAAGGUCGUCUUUCCUGAGCGCUCAAGGGACGAUGGGUUAUUGCCUAUAUUUAGGCUUAUAAUCUUUGAAAUUUGUGUUUGCAAGAAUACCUAAGACAUGUACAAAACUCACGACUGAAAACAUACUUGCUGCAAAGGCAAUUUUCUGAGUUUAAAGGGCAUUUUAUAUGAAAACCCAUCGUCCCUUGCGCGCUCAGUGUUCAAGGUGUAACGUUUUGGAAGGACUAAUCAGCUGUAUAUUUUAUUGUAGACAAAACUAUCAACAGAAUGAAAUAUAUGAAAGUCAUUAUAUUUUUAUGUAGACACACUUCCGGCUAGUGUAAUAACAAAACACUGCUUGUUUCGUUUAUUUAUAGGUUUAUUCUGGUGCUUACAUUCGGACAAAAGAAGUGCAAAGAGGAGUAAUUGAAGAGGCUCCCUUGGAGGAGAUUACUGUUGGAGAUCUGGUGGCAGUCGAGUGUGAGAAUUACAAAGACGAGUUACCACUAAUUGCCAAGGUGUUAAAAAUCGACGCCGAAACCCUGGAAAUCGAGUGGUACACGGGUGGAUGGAAAACAGUGUGGAAGCCUGCAAAGAAACGAUCUGGAAAGCAAAUGAUCCCUUGGACGGAUACGAUCCCCAAAGAGAGUAUAAAGCUUUUUGAUUUCACGCUAACUGGUGGAAAUAAGCUUCGAAAGGCUACCGUGGAGCGCCUCAAAGAAGCCUAUGGAUUACAGCAUGCCUAA